AUGCGCCGUAUUCCGCUACCGUUGGAAGAAGCAGUUGCAAAGAAGAUAACGGAAUUGCUGAAACGUGACAUCAUUGAGCCCAAGACAGGUCCAACCAGCUGGGUAUCUCCACUUGUUAUCGUUGGGAAAGCUAACGGUGAGCCUCGAUUAUGCAUUGAUCUUCGGCGUGUGAAUGAGGCUGUUCUUCGCGAGCAUCACCCGAUGCCCGUUGUAGACGAUUACAUUGCGCGAUUGGGGAGAGGAUCCGUUUGGAGCAAACUUGAUAUUCGUGAGGCGUUUUUACAAGUGGAACUGGCAGAAGAAUGCCGGGACAUAACAACGUUCAUGACAAAUCGAGGGCUAUUCCGUUUCAAGAGACUGCCGUUCGGCUUGGUAACGGCACCGGAAAUGUUCCAGAAAUCUAUGGACGAGAUAUUGGCGGAUUGUAGCGGCACCUAUUGGUAUCUCGAUGACAUUAUUAUUGAGGGGAAGGACCUCGAGGAGCACGAUAGUCGCCUUGCAAAGGUUCUUUCGAGAUUAAAGGAUAGGGGAGUGGAACUCAAAUGGGACAAGUGUCAGUUUCGCGUUACUCAACUUGAGUUUUUGGGCCACAAAAUCUCGGAAGAAGGAAUAAGUCCGUCGGAGUCGAAAGUUGCCGCACUAUUAUCUUUCAGAGAGCCUCGAAAUGAAGCAGAGGUACGUAGUUUCCUCGGGUUGGCCAAUUACCUGAAUAAAUUUAUUCCGCAACUUGCUACCGUUGACGAACCGUUAAGAAAACUGUUGAUCAAAGAUAUUAAGUUUGAGUGGACUAGCAAGGCAUCAGAAGCAUUUCAAUCCAUCAAAACUGCUUUAAGUAAUGUUAGCAAUCUGGGUUUCUACAAAGUAGAAGAUCAUACGGCUGUUAUUGCGGAUGCCAGUCCUGUCGGGUUGGGAGCUAUAUUACUCCAGUUUGAUGAUAACAAUACGAAACGCAUAAUCAGUUUCGCUUCCAAGUCGUUGACUGAAACUGAAAGACGGUACUGCCAAACGGAGAAGGAGGCGCUCGCUGUUGUUUGGAGCGUAGAGCGUUUCAAAUACUACCUUCUUGGCAAGAAAUUCGACAUACUAACUGACUGCAAGGUGCUGGAACUUCUCUUUUCUAGGCGCUCAAAGCCUUGUGCGCGAAUAGAACGCUGGGUUCUGCGGUUGCAAACGUUCGAUUAUAACAUAUUAUAUGUUUCUGGCAAAGAUAACGUAGCUGAUCCGUUGUCUCGUUUAGCUGUUCAAGAACCCAAACCUUUUGACCAUGCAGAGGAAAUAUUCGUUCGUGAAAUAGCGACACAAGCAGCUAAUUGCGCUGCACUGACUUGGGAUGAGGUGGUCCUAGCAACUGAAACUGAUGAAGAAAUUCUUAACGUGCUGCACAUUUUAAAAACCGGAGACGUUCAAAACUUGCCAAUAGAGUACAGGGUAGUUUCUAACGAAUUGUGUGAUUUCCAAGGCGUACUACUACGAGGGGACCGAAUAGUUAUUCCCACUUCAUUGAGAGAAAAGGUUCUAAUUACAGCUCAUGAAGGUCAUCCCGGAAUUGUGAUGAUGAAAAGCCACUUGAGAUCAAACGUGUGGUGGCCUAAGAUGGAUAAUGCAGUCGAACUUUUUGUUAAGCGAUGUAGAGGUUGCACAUUAGUUGCUGCUCCUGAACCACCCGAACCGAUGCAUCGUAGUCGUCUUCCUUCAUCACCAUGGCAAACAUUAGCGUUAGAUUUUUUAGGACCACUGCCUGAGGGACAACAUUUGUUGGUAGUAGUUGACUGUUAUAGUCGUUAUAUGGAGGUUAUCGAGUUGGAAACAACUACAACGAAAGAUGUUACCAGAGAGUUAAUGAUCAUGUUUAGUCGAUAUGGCAUUCCAUCGUUUUUGAAGGCAGAUAACGCGCCACAGAUAAGCUCAAAUUGUGAGGAAUUUCGUGAGUUUUGUUCGACUAACGGAAUAAAACUGCUAAACACAAUACCGUAUUGGCCGCAAUCCAAUGGGGAAGUAGAGCGCCAGAAUCGGUCGAUUUUGAAGCGUCUCCGCAUUUCACAGGAACUUGGGAAAGAUUGGAGAAACGAAUUACGAUUGUACUUACUGACAUACCAUUCUACAAAACAUUCGACGACAGGAAAAUCUCCCGGAGAGUUGAUGUUUGGACGCCAAAUCCAAAGCAAACUACCAACAAUUUCAAAGUAUCAAGAAGACGGCGAAGUACGCGAGAGAGAUGCAGUCGUUAAAGAAAAAGGGAAAGAGUACGGUGACAAGAAGCGACAGGCAAAGAAGAGUUAUAUUCAGCAAGGUGAUGUUGUACUUGCCAAACGAAUGCGGAAAACAAAUAAAUUGGAUACAGAUUUUGCGAACGAGGAGUUUGUAGUUCUGCGUAAAGAAGGAACAGAUACUCUUAUACAAUCGAAGGCAACUGACAAACAGUACAGGCGAAGUUCAGCUCAUCAGAAGAAGAUUGAAGAUAGAGAAAUUUGUAAGAAUAACCAAAGUAUUGAUUCGAAACCAGUAUCCUCGACGGCUCAAUAUGGAUCCGAGAAUCUUUCAAAAUCAACACACACUUCAACGGAGUCAACAACUUCAUGUAGAUCACCAUCAGCAAGGCGGUCGAGAAAUGCACCCGCAAAGUACGAGGAUUAUGUGCCGCACUGA